AUGAGACACGGCACGAAAACCGUACAGGCCUUCACUUCAUUCCUAGCUUCGCUGUGCGACUGUGCAGCUGAAGUCGAAGUCGUCGCUUUGCUGCUGCUGCACAUGCGUGAAGAUGUUUUAAUCAGACAGCUGGAAGUUGACCCCAAGCUGCGGAAGUGGCUAAAAAAACUGCUGUUGCAGUUGCCUUCAGCGUAUGACUGCUACUCUGCCGAGGCAUACCCUCUGACUCAAACAACGCAGAAGCUCUUGCUGCGGGUUUUCUUGCGGCUGGCGAAGUUGCAGUUGGUAAACCUGAAGGUGCAGCAGCUACUUUCUCUGCCAUCUACAGCUUGUAUGGAUAUCUGUUUGUGCUGGGAGGUGGCAGAUCCGAAUCUGUGUCGCGAAGUCGCCUUCACCUUACUGACGUCGCUGAAGCCCACGAAGCGACAGAGGCUCAUAGUCGAGUUGAGAGAGUCUGUGCUUCGUGCACUUGACGUUGCAGCGAAGAGACUUGACGCGAUCAACAAGCGGCCAGACUGCCCCGUAUUGUGCCCACUAUUGUCAGCUGCACAGGCGGACCAUACUUCUUCGUCUUGGCAAGCGGCCACUGCAGGUGCUCUGCAGCAUUUGAUAGAAGUCCUAUCGACUUUACGAGUAGCUACGUGCUGUUUACCAGUGUCCUUUGCACUGGAGCUAUGGGAAAGAAGGCAAGAUAAAGACUCGUCACAUCCCACCAUUGAAGCGAUGCUCAACGCGCUGAGAAGGCCGGAAGCCCCUAAAAUUGUUGAGGCUCCUUUCGCAGCUCUCCUUAGACGGGUCUAUGCAAAACUGUUGGGGACGCAACUGCCCAAAGCCGCGCAAUUCGGGAGGAGCUCAGUACUGGAGACACCAGAAGACGUAGUCGGUGGCUGGAGCAGCAAUCAAGUAAUUUACUACAGGAUUGGGGCGCUUCGCUUCUUCAGCUAUUUGAGGAGUGCGGAUGAAAUAGACUACGUUGACUCUAUUUUGGCCUCUCCCACGCAUAGUGGCGAUGCAUUGGUGCCCACAUGCGCAUCGCUUGCUGCACCUUCUGAAAAAAAAGAGAUGGUUUGGGUUCUGAACCCAACAGAUGCGGCAACUGUAAAGCAGCUACAGGAGAUGCUUCCCGAUCACGGCCCAGGAUUUUUGUACUUGGCUCUGCGAGAGCUACGAGGAAACGCAGACGAAGUUGUUUCUUUUUUGGUUGAGAAGAUGAAGCCUGCUGCCUUGCGCUCUGUUCCGCUGAAGGCGACUCUCCAAGAUGCGGCGGAGUAUAUAGAACGGGAAGAGAAGGGCGCAGCGGCACUAUCAAACAAGAUCCUUCACAGCGGAGAUAUUGAGCGGCAGGUCCUUGCUCUCGCGGAAAGGGCUGCUGAAGAAGUUCUGCAGGGUAGCGAAGACUCGGGCGGUUCGCUCUACGACGAUGAUGCUGACGACGAUCUUCUCGGGGAUGCUGUGACCACGCCGUGGAACCCUGCAGAGUCCCAGGAAGAGGAGUCCUCCUCAUCUCGGGAAUCCACGCAGGAGGAUGCAACCUCUGAGCAGGCAUCCCGAGGAGGACGCAUGCCAGUCAGAGGAGGGACAUUGUUGGCUCGACGCAAGGAGACGAAUAAAGCUGAUGUAGGGAACCAUUCACGACGCAACCAGUAA